AUGGCUGACGCAUACGCCUCCCACUUCGGCAUCAACAACAUCCCAUAUGGCAUCGCAAGCUCAUCUAAGAGAUCGCAACCGCAAGCCGCGACGAGAAUUGGCGACGAUGUGAUAUUUCUUGGCGAACUCACAAAGCACGAUUCCUUCAAGUCAAUCGUCGCAGAUCUAGCGUCCUUGUUCUCCCAAACCACAUUGAAUGCAUUCGCAUCACAAUCCACAGAUAUCCACAGCGCCGUCCGUGCGGCUAUCCGAGAUGCACACCACAACAACUUGCACACAUCGGCGUCCGAGAAUAUCAAGGACGUCACUCUGCAUUUGCCGGUUGCAAUAGGCGACUUCACAGACUACUCCGCGAGCGCAAACCACGUUCUCAAUGCCGGUGAAGCGAUUACGGGCGUACGCUCGUUCCCGCCAGCAUUCCACAAAUAUCCCGUUGGGUACGCUGGGCGUUGUUCUUCGAUUGCUGUGAGCGGGACGUCAAUCACGCGGCCUUUGGGCCAAUAUAUCGAGGACUAUGCGGCAGCGGAGAAGAAUGUCAUCUUUGGCGCGUCCCGAGCGUUGGACUAUGAGCUCGAGAUUGGUGCAAUCAUAGGUAGGCCGGUCGAGCCGGGGACGUAUCUCAACGCAAGAGACGCGGAUGCACACAUCUUUGGCUUCGUGCUGGUCAAUGACUGGUCUGCGCGAGACAUUCAAGGACUGGAGAUGAAUCCGCUGGGACCGUUCAACGGGAAGAACUUUGGAACUUCCAUCUCGCCAUGGGUCAUCACGCUCGAGGCUCUGAAGGCGCACGAGGUCCCUGCGCCGGAAAGGAUGGGAGCUGUUGCGCCGUUCAUGGACGACCCAAAGAGUGUAAACUACGACAUCAACCUGACUGGGUCGAUCAGACGAAACGGCGCAAGCACGACAACGUGUACGGUCGGCUUCGAGACUAUGUAUUGGACCUUCAGGCAUAUGCUCGCGCACCACACCAUCGGAGGAUGCGGGCUGCGGACUGGUGAUUUGAUUGCGAGUGGAACCGUAAGUGGGGAGAAGGAGCACGAGCAUGGGUGUUUGCUCGAGCUGACAAAGAAUGGCAAGAAGGCCAGUAAGCUGAGCGAUGGGGGUGAGCUGCGGUUUCUGGCCGACGGAGACGAAGUGACAUACGAAGCCAUCAUUGGUGACGGAAGUGCAGGCGUCGGGUUUGGUGCAUGUGUUGGUGUUGUGAAACCUGCAAGACAACUGUAG